CUCACACAAACAACCCCACACAUACGCAUGGGACGCAUCUAAACUCACUCACCCGUUCACGCGUCCGUGUGCUAGCACAGACAGUCAGCGAACGGACAGACGAACGAUCCAACAAGAGGUCCCUGUAUCUUUACGCGUAGAGACUACGGCCGUAGCAUCGCUCUCGCCCUGUAGAUGGACGUCGCUGUUAUUGGCGCUGCAGCUGCGUUCGAUGCUGUCUCUGUGUUGAUAUUCCGCCAGCGAUAGUUAGGCAGGUAAGUUGACAUGAGCAUGCGCUGAUCGACGUUGCUUGCCCUGCCGCUGUUGUUGUUGCUGUUGCUGCUGUUAUUGCAGCAGCCGGGUGGCCACGGGCGGUUGUCACCCCCUGCCAUUGACAACAGAGGGAUCGAGAUAGAGAGAACGAAAUAGGACAAGAGAUAUUAGACAUUGUGGCGCUUUCGUCUACCAUCGCCGCCACACAACGGGUGAGAUGAUCAUCAUCGCGGCUAUUUUGCCCUGUGACUUCGAGGGCUGUGGCUGUUCGAUGUGACACGGUGACGAAAUGUUGCCGCUGCUGCCAUCGUCGCGGAACAGGUACAACGAUGGAGACGACGACGACGACAACAUCAAUAAUAAUAACAACAACAAGGCAAUAUGAAACCUACGACUGACGGGACCCAAUCGUAGCAGUACAGCAACAAACAACGAAAAAUCUAGGAAUAGAUAGAGAUUUUGUGCGGUCUGUCGACCUGAACGGCAACAUCUCAUAGAAGUGUUCUCUGAUGACUCCGUGAUUGUUGAAAUAUUCUAAGCAAAAAAUAAGCUUCUGUGUCUAUGCCCCGUUUGCCUGGUGUCGAUUUAGUUCUCUGCUCUAUCGGUGGCUGCCACCUCGUCGCCAGGGGCCCAACGAAGUAAGGAUCUUUUUUCGCGACUUUCGCUCGCUUGCCGCAGCUCCUCCCAGUCUCCUUGCCUCGUAGACGAACAAUUCAGUUGUCCACUUACCGUAGGCAAGGCCACCUGCCGCUGACCACCGAACAGCACUCGUCGAGAUUGGCAACAGCUAAAGGUGUUGUUCCUGAGAGCGCAGCCUUUCUCAUGGAUGCGGUUAGGGUGUCGUCAUUGCGGGACAACGCUGCGAAGAUCGUUGUUACUGCUGCCGUUACUGUUGCCCGUUCGAACGCCCACCUCAGCGGAUGUUUUGCUGUCGUCAGCCAAUAGCUGGUUAUUGUUGUCCACUACCUAUUUGCCGCGUCGUCGCCAGUCAGAAGUUUGAACCGACAGGAAAACGUUAGCGAGCAAGGCAGAAGCAGACCUUGUUGUUCCCUAGCCGACAGCGAAACCGAACAACCCCACGACCGUUAAUACCUGCUGAUUUUGAUCACAGCGACUGACCGGAGAAACCGAGCGCGUCCUGUGACUGCUGCAGCCGCUGUUACUAGCGGAUUUUUCUCUGGUAUAACGACGACCGUUACUGUUACUUGUGCUAUCGUGGAGUGGACUCGUCGCUCGUGUGUGUUCGCGGGGAUUACCGUAUUGGUUAUUGUUGUUGCUACCGUGUGCUGUUGGUGGUGUGUUGAAAAAGACCGUUGGAAACCACCUGCCCCCGCCCCUAUUUACGAAAACGGGCUGGCUCGGAAAGAGGCAUGAACAAACGGCUCGUAAGAUGAGCCCGGCACACAGGCUAGUCCAAGCAGGCUCACUCAGGCAAUAGAUAACACAGCCAAAUACGAAGAAAUUGCCAGUCAAGCACCAGGUGGUCGAUCGUCAAACGGUCUUUUGGUGCUUUUACGUGUGGGCCUGUGCCUUCUGGCUAGAUACGAUCAUCAUCAUUAUCAUCGUCGUCGUCGACGUCGCCACUGGACGUUUUAACGGGCAGAGAGAUUAGGUCGAGCACGUUCGUCUGCUGGAGUGUUCGACAACUGUUACGUAGCCUCUAGUCAAUUCUGGUGGGCGGAUCGAAUUCUGUGUAGUACGGUAACGUUUGACUCCGAUCCACAAAUACACAUCGUUUGAUUACCGCAACAACUUGUCGCGCCUAUUUGGCAGUCAACACGUGCGGUCUACAUGUGAAGUCAAAGAGAACCAGGUGAUUAUUGCGGAUAUGUAGUGGACAAAUGAUCAGAUGCGUCUGGUACGUUACGGCUAAUUCGAUCUGAUUUGCUUUGGGAUCAGUUAGUAAACUAGUUUACAAACGGUCAACGCUCAGUUCUCUCGCAUCUUCUAUCGGUAGAAUCGCGUUUACGACUAUUACGGCAGGUUAUAAUACGGCUCUGUCGGGCAGAGUUGUGUAGAUAACUUGUGUAAUUAAUUCCUAAUAUGAUUAGGCAGUGAAUAGAUUCCUAAAAAACUGCGCAAUUUUCUGAAGUAAGUGCCUCGUGUCAUCUUCGUACGCAACGGUAAAUUUUUCUCCGAUCACCCGUGAAGGCGCAUGUUCGUUGGAAAUGGAUUGCACUCAGGGAACCGUAUUUUCGCCGAAGUAACGAACGUGUAGCGAGGACAGAAUUUCGAUUUGGGUUAGUGCUUGGUAAAAAAAUUGAUUGUAAGUGACAACACUGUGUACUAUUCGUUGUAUCGUGUAAGCUACGUGUUCUCAGGGUCACAGCAUCGACGUAUUCCUUCGUAGAUCUAGGACCCUUGAAGGAAUAUCGAUCAAUUUGGAUUAUAUGUUACUACUACGCUAUGGAGAUAUUGCCUCACCUUCAAGGCUAAUACUCACGCGUCGUUGUUCAGCCCACCUAUGCGUUUGUUCCGAUAAGCGAUAGACGUGGGCUUUGCGUGGGACGCAAGAGCGCAUACCGUGCCGAGAAGCGCCACGCAAGAUGGCGCGCUACGUUAGGAAUGCUCAAUCCACUCCUGUGGAACAGUUUCGAUCUCUAUCCCAGGCCGCACCGCCGUGGAAUAGUCGUAAAGCGGAUCUCCUGCACGAACUCGACGUCUACCUCGACUCAGCCAAUGCAUUCAUUGGUGAGGCUGAGAAAGAGUUGCGUCAUAAAGGGUCCUCAUCCAAGAAUAUGUCGCCGAUACCUCCGCCGCGAAGACGAUCCUCGUCGUCGUCCAGUGGUAAAGCCUACAUGAGUUUCGCCAGCCCGGUUACAGAGGUAAAAGCCAGCUCAGCUUCAUCAGGGCCAUUUAUUCGCUCGGCCUGGGGAUACUCGAGUUUAAAUAGCGCUGCUCGCCGAGGUCAAUGCCUUCAAAGUGGCUGGGACCGUCGCCAUUGUGGCCAAGCAGGUAUUGAUGCUCUUCUGGACGCAGGACACAAUCUGGAUGAAUCGAUUAUCAUGGACAUUGGAGAGAUCGAGAAGCUGACUCAGGCUCUUGUUUUAGGACUCGACAAUAUUGACGAGGAAGUCAAAGAACACUCGGCACCUGAAUCCAAAGGAAAACAGUCACCGACACCGCGAAUCCCUCAUAAUCCCCACAUCCUUGUUCUUAAUGAUCAGUCAUCUUCAUCGUAUUGGCCGUCGUCUGUGACAAGUACUCCAGAUGCUCUGGUCGUGUCCGAAUCAUUCAAUUCAACGGUUCCAAUUUUGCCUUCAACUCCACGUGAGCUUCGACGAGGAUUCCGUCGUGAUGUAAGCAAUAUCAGCACUCGUUCAGAAUUGGAUGACUCGUUUCCGGAGGAAUUCUGCGACCCAGGAGAAGUAUCGCCUAGCUGGCAGUUUGUAGACGGCGCUCGGAAGACGAAAUCUUGUGACAGUUUGAAUGAGAACGACCAUCUUAAUGAUAGCUGCGUCACACGUCUUUGGACAUCGGAGGAAAGCAUUUCUAAUAAAACAAACCGUGCUCUGAUGAAAAAAUUCCAUGAAUCACCUGGAGCCUCCCCACGUGAAUCUAUUUACCAAUCAAAAACGCUUAAGGCCCUUGAUAACCAACUCAAUGCGGCAUUAAUGAAGAUCAUGCAAGAUCAAGAUCAGCUUCAAUCACCCGUCACAGUGAAAGCCAUACCUACACCAGCCGCGGUUAAAAAACCGAUUCAAGUACCGCCGAAAAUUUUACCAAAGUCGGGGAAACAAUCUGCAAUUACACUUAGCGAUGACAUGUUUGAGGAGUUUGAGGCAGAAUUCAAGGCAACGCUAACCCGACCGAAACGAAAAUUCGCGCAAGUACCUUCGAUCCCAGGUCAGGUAUCAACGCUGGUUGACUGUCAAGCGAACCGUAAAUUGGGUCCAAUACCAUCUCCUAUUAAACCGGAGGCUCCUGCGCGAGUAAAACGCUCACACAGUAACUCUGCACCCAAAGGCAAAAGUAAAAAUGAAAACCGAAGUCCAGUCGGAGCUGUAGUACGCGACUCUAGUUUUUCGACUCAGCGCCCACUGUCUACAAAGGAGACCAAUAUACAACUCCGUGCAAAGUUCUUCGCAGAACUUAUGGACCCAAAUAUCGCGUAUGAGGUUAAAAGAAAUCAAGACGUGGCGCACGACCGAAAGAAGGAUGAAGGCAGGAAGGUACAAGAUGUGAAUGACAAGAAAACUGUGUACUUUGAAGAGUCUCGACAUCCUCUUUUGAUCAGCUAUCGAAGCGCCUUGGAAAAGAAUGCUGCAGUCUUGCAAUCGAACCCGGACCUAUCGCAGAUAAUUUCGAACGUGCGUAGUUCAGAACAGAGAAAAUCACUUGUAAUACCGUCAAGCAAGGAAAAAAGCCAAUUACCGCACAACUGUCGUCCUCUAGAGAAACGAGGCAGUGAGGAGAAUAAUAAUAAUAGUUCAAAUAAAAAUAGCAACAGCACACCCAGAAUCCAAAAAGGCAAACCUCAAGAUCAUUUAAUUGAUUCCUACUCACAAGAGUUUGAAAAUUCAAUGGAAUCGUUGGAAUCGUUUUGUCGAAAUCUCCAAUUAGAUACGAUAUCGGCUAGUUUUGAUGCCGAAUUCGCUAAGAUGUCGCCCUUAAAAAAAAUCGUUUCGGACCAGAUGCUCUCACAAAAGGUUAUUGUUUCCGCUCUGACAACUAUCGAGCCUGUCGGUAAAGAGUGUCCCAGCCAGGUUCACACUGAUAGUGAGGACUGUCUAUCGACGGGUAGUGGCCCGAGCUCGAUUCCCAGUGGAAGUACCGACACGAUGGAAUCGCGAAGCUCCGGCGUGCACACGAUGGAGCUCAAGAAACAAUCAGGUCAACGGCAUGUCACGAGUAAGGACAAACAGCAACAACAGCUGCCACAGUUGGCAUCACAGCCCCAGUUACCGAUUCGACGGAAAACGCGAGACUUAGCCGAUGCUUUUUUAGGGCAUGGCGGCCGAGGAAGCAGUAAAAUUGAUGUCACCAACGAUGAAAGGGAAGAAACUGGCGAAGGAACCACGAGCCGCGGCAUAGAGUUACUGAUGCGAGCCUCCGCGCACGAAAGGGCCUCAGUAGCAGAGCUCAGCCCGGUACGCCCGUCCAAGGCGCUCCGUGCAGCUGCGGCCAGAGGUAUCCCGCUUCCGAGGCCGGGGCAAAAUUCUACAGUAACACAAAGUCAGUACAAACAAGAGCAGUAUGUGCAGACACAAUGCAAGCAGAUGACUCGGAGCACGUCUAUAGAGCCAGAUAACCGGAGCUCUUCUCCAGAUAUAGCCUUGUACGAACUAAAUCGGAGUGAGCAAAUUCUCAACAAUCUGGUCAAAUCGUCAACUGAUCCAGCGGUCGCGGAGUUACUGAGCGCCAGCUGCGACAGUGGUAGCGGGGACAGGGCAACCAUGACAUUGAGCAGCACAAGCAGUGUCUCUAAUAGUUAUGCCGGUGCGUCUCAAGUUCCUUCGCCAUCACCAGUAAACGCGGUUCAACGGGUUGAAGUGUGUCUCUGCGGAAAGCCCAUCAUUACAAAAUCCAAUGGCGAUAGCGCAAAGAAAGGGCUAUGCAAGAAGUGUUCGUCAAGCAAAGCGAUGCGAUUCUUGCAUGCGUGCACAAGCUAUGCCGCAAAAACCAACUCCCUGCCAAUCCUACGCAAGGACAGUGGUGACAAGGUUAAAUUGCGACCAAAGAACAAUGACAAAGGCCAAAAUGGGCAUAGAGAGCGGCAGGCUCCGCCGCCGCCGCCGCACAAUAAUCAAACCUCGACGGGGUGCAUCUUGUCGUCCACUCAUGAAGUCGAUAAAAGCCGCUCCAAUUCCGUGACAGACCUUAACGAGGCGGAAGCCGUUCAGGCUUUGGAAUGGCUGAGACAAACUGGCUUUCCUCAAUACGUUCAGAUGUAUGAGGACAACUGUUUUCCGCUUGACAUGAGUACGGUGUACAAGGAUCAUCCCCAUCUGGACGCCGAUGAGAUUCAAUCUUUACUCAGGCGGCUAAACACAUUGAAUAAGUGCGCGCGUAUGAAGACCGAUGCUUUCCUUAAGCUUCACUCGUCGGAUGAGGAUUUGGCGCUUUCGGAUAAUUGGCAAUUUCACCGGCCAUCACGUCGAUGGUCGAGAAUUGUCCCGCCAAACUUUAAUGAGCUUCCGCUUAUAACUAAGCAACACGUCGAUACCGGUAGUUAUGGCAGUGGAGCAGCGCAGGAGGCUUACUCUUCACGCGAUUCGGUGUUCCUCGAUUCGGAGACAGGGAAUCCCACAGUGGCCCACAGCCCCGACUCGGAGGCUUCAGGCCAGUCGCCCGUUUGCGUCGGCCCAGCUGGCUCGGCCUUGUCCGCGUCAGAUGAACGAAUUCAGCAACAUACGACGCAUAGCCGAAGUCCUACACCCUCAUUGCAGAGCAAACUACGACGCAGCGGCAGUGAACGGAUCCGGGACGCGAUUAUCCGCAAGGUCGAUUCGUUUCGAAGGAGGAGACGCGAAGCGCGUUCGAGGAGUCCUAAGAGCCACAAAAUGGGAAGGCCGGGAGGCGCUGAGCAGGAUCCUUCAACGACACAAACGACUACUGCUCAUCAGCCUUCCUCCCUCCACGCUGUUAUGCUGCCGGGACAGACGCCAGCUGGAUGUCUCAAAAAGGCACAAGGGACUCACAACAGCCCUAAGUUUCUCAGCCUUAAAGGAAAGCGGCGGGGGGAAUGCUACGAUAACCAGGCCUUGUUAGCUGAUCUUGAGGGCUGCGAUCCACACUCAUUGACGUUGAACCUCAACUUGAGUUUGACUCAAUCAACACAGUCGGAUACAGAUGUCGUGGGGGAUUCGACAGGCGCGCGAAGGGACUCUGGCGUCGGUAGCUCCAUAACUAGGACCAGCACGGGUUCGGUAGCAGGCCUUGUAUCCACCACGUGGCACUGUUAUCCUGGUCCAGCCGUUCAUCCGACCCUUCUUUGCCCUGACAGAGCUAUCCCUCUUUCACAGCUGACAGCAUGUCAACACAUGAUCCUACGAAAGCACGCUUUACUACGAUUAACUGCACUCAUGGAGCGGUACAGUCCGCCUUAUAAAACUGGCUGGGCGUGGAGUGUUCCGAAGUUUAUCAAGAAGAUGACGACACCUAAUUAUAAGGAUAAGGUGACGUUUGGAGUUCCGCUGAGUGCACACAUCCAACGAUCGGGCCAUCCGUUACCCCCAUCGAUUCAAACUGCAAUGCAGUUUGUGGCAUCGGUGGCGCCCCGAUGCGGCGGCGUUUUCCGGAAGCCGGGCGUACGCUCACGAAUCGAAAAACUCCGUGCACUGCACGAGACGCACGCUCUCGACGCACACCUACUGGUGUAUGAAAGCCAGCAAUGUUACGACGUGGCGGACAUGGUCAAGCAGUACUUCCGCGAGCUACCCGAAGGUGGACUGCUUACCGCCAACUUCUCGCAAACGUUUCUCUACAUAUUCAUGCAUAUUCCCGAGGAGCACCGUUUGGAAGCACUGCAGUGCGCCGUAUUGAUUCUACCAGACGAAAACAGAGAAGUGUUGGAAACCCUGUUAUGUUUUCUAGACGAAGUUGCUCAAGCGUCCCAGCAAAAUGGAAUGACCGCGUCGAAUCUUGCACUCUGCUUCGCACCAAGCAUCUUUCAGCUAUCCCAAACGACUAGUCCUAAAAGGAAGCGCAACAAUCAACUAAGCGGCGAACGAGAAAUUUGCGAGAAUCGUGCCGGUAACGAGUGUCUAUGUAAGAUGAUUGAGUGGCACCAGGAACUAUUCGCAGCGUCCGUCCAGAUCCUGCAGUCGGCACGACUGGCCUUAGAAGAUCCAACUGACAUUCAGAAUUUCCUAGCCAGCGAAACACCUCAGCCAUUAUACAAACUCCACCUCGAUUCGUGCUUACACUGGCUGCUCCACGAAGUUCGGCUAAACAAGGGCUGGACCCAGGUGUCGCAUUCGGACCUUGAGCUCGCAUACAAGAAAGUUAAUGACGACUAUCAUUAUAUUCGGCUAUGGAAAUGUUCCGUAUUGGUAGAGGCUCCUCCGGUGGAAGUUCUGACGCGUAUACUUCGCGAGCGCCAUUUAUGGGAUGAUUGUCUUAUCAAAUAUCGCGUACUCCGGCGACUCGAUACCAAUACUGAGCUGUGCGGGUUCGUGCGCGCCGAGAUGGACCCCCACGCUAGUCGAGAAUACCUGCUCAUGCGUACAUGGCGGACGGACAUCACUCCAAAGGGCACCUGUGCCCUCAUUGAGAUGUCAGUUACAGAUCAGGACUGGCCAGGUUUUAGCUCUGGCUAUUGCCACGUAAGCACGCAGCCUACAAGCGUCCGCGCACAUGUCCUGGCCUCACGCUACCUCGUGCAGCCUGGCGGUGGAGGGCGAAGCAAGGUCACGCAUCUGGCCCGCGUUGAUACCAGGGGUCGUGGAGGUGACUGGCAUAAUCGUUCGGCAGGCAACAUCCACGCACAUCACUUGCUCAAAAUGGCGCAAUCAUUCCGGGCAGCUUCGACAACGGUCCAUACGGGGUCGCUUACUAACGGCCAAACGGUACUCAGUCAAGCAGGAUCAACAAUCGCCGACAAACAGAAAGAAACGAAGCUAUAGCGUAACUAAAGAUCCAAUGUUUUCUUGGUUCAAAGGACCAACCAGGCCACUAAUUACUCACACUAAAAGUAUAUAUGGAGGAAACAAGAUCACUUCGUAAAAGGUUGAUAUUGCUCCAAGAAACAGGCUACGAUAACCGUUUCUCAACAAAACUAACGAGAAGAUUUCAGGCACACGUGCACGUAAAGGUAGCAAACCGGAGAUUAUAAAUGUCGCGUGGAAACAAUGUUAUUGUAUACAUAGAGAUCUAUACGUUAUGGAUCAAUAUACACCUAUCUGUUGUUCCUAUUUUAUAUACAAGACAAGCGAAAACACAGUAGGCAGGAAGGUAACUAUUGUGUUAUACAGUGAUGGCAGGCGCCUGCUCUGACAGACUUUUAUUCCUGACGACAAACUGACAGUGGUGACGAAGGAGGCUGAACACUUGGUAAGGUCAUGGUGACUCCGCAACCAUCCAGGACCAACCAGCAUUACUAUGACGGCGUCUGCAUGUUGGCAAGCUAUCAAGAAGUGAAGAAGUAUUUUGUUCAAACCUUAUUACAGACCAUUGCUCCUUGCGAAGCGUCGACUAUUGGCCACGUCGGGAUCAGCUCAAGUGAUUACCAUGACAAGACGCGAAGCUGAUAGAUAACGAGAAAUCUCGGGGUCGGCGAUAAGUUUUUUUUUAUAUAGAAAACAAACUGCGUAGUCCAGCGCAUGAUACGUUCUUGGUAUCAGAUACCCUUGCAACACUGCAAGGGGCCAAGAGGAAAAGAGCGUCUUUGGGGAAGGGGGAUUCGAUAAAACUUUUUGUAGGAACGAUUCCUCAAGCAUCUGCGCAAUAUUAAAAAAAGGAAAUAAAGAACAACACGCUGGUUUAGGAAAUCACAAGUUCGACCUAAUAGACAUCGAAUGUAUCUCCGAUAGAGGUUAGCGACCGUAAGGCAACAGUAGGAAUGAUAAUGUUUAAGAAUUCACUAAAGGUCCUAGCAGACUUAGUACGUAUCCUCUGAAAUAUCUUUAUACGUAAAAAUAUAGAGAAACCAUAGUAAGGCCUAGUUGAUGGCGGGCACGUUCUUGUGGCAAUCACAGGACACGACAAUAUAUGUGAUGUAUCUGAACGACAUCUAUGUACAGGCGAUGUUGUCAAUUGUAUGUAAAUAAUAUAUGUGUGGACGGAUUCAGAGGUAGCAACAGGUCGACGAAGUAGUCAACUGUCAGUUAUUGUGUAAUUUUUCUUUGAUGUCGUUUUUUUGACUAGGUCUUACGUGCGCCGUGUGGCGGGGUCCGUUCUGAAUAUGGAGGGAACAUUGUAUCCCCACGUACGGUAUACAGUGUAUAAAUAGAUUACCGUCAAUCAGUGCCGACCACUUUGUGUAGCAGUGUUCAACUUUUAUGGUAAUGAAUCUGCAAAGUCUCAAUAGCACGAGACAGAAAAAUGAUGAUGUAAAGUAUUCGAUAUGAGUGAAUGGUUCAGUCCAGAUUUAUUAGACCGAUCCUCACAGAGCCAUGUGGUACCACCGUAUUUUUCCAUAUCGUUCCAUUAGGAACUGAGCGGCAACGAAGAUUACUCAAGUAAACAAGUAACUAUUUGCUAUUUCUGGUCGUCUGUUUCUAGCGUCUUUUUGCUAUAGCCCACAAGCAAUUGAAGGGUAUCAAGGCUCUAAGUUAUCUCUAAGAGAUGAACAAACAAACAAAGAUUGAACUACGCGACGCUAAUACAUAUCGAUACUGAUUUGGCUACACGUUUUGCCGCUGCUCAGGCGUGCCUCUAUCCGAAAUCGGUUCCUGGAGUACUAUGUACGAUAAACAUUACGUUAUAUAAACACUAAAGGAGACUUUGCCCUUCUGCUAUGAUAGAUGAUGAUCAAUUGAGGAUAUGAUAACAGCAAGGAAGGUGCGUAACAAUCAACUAAUGUUUGUUUAGCUUUUCGACAUCUCAGUUGCGGUCCGUAACUUUACUUCAUCCGUCCACAUUAUGUAAAUGUGCUCGUUAGUAUAUAGUUGCGUGUUAAAUUAUGUAAAAACAGACUUUGAUCAGUUUUGUCGUACGACUGAAGACAAAAGCUACAUUAUUCCCACUUUAGAACAGUGGUAAAUACUCUCUCCGAGUAAAUAGCUAACCGUGAAGGCUGCUGUUCCUGCUGCUGACAGGGCUGUAUAGUGAAUGACUGGCGGAAAGAGAGAGAUAUUAUAAAUGAUACAGGUAUUAAUUUUACUACUCUAGUUAAAGUAGAGACGUAUUAGUAAAUCAUACAGUGUUGCUAGUACAAGCAGACGAAAAAGCUUCCGUCGAUGAACUAUUAUAAGAAGUUAUUGUUAUUAUGUUGUCAUAUUGUAAAAUAAGUAGUAAAAGUUUAAAUUAUUACGUAGCUUUCUUGCAAUGGCUAUUGACUGAUGUGUUUCAAAAUUAGCGUUUUUUUUAAACGAAAGACAGACAGGCCAUAGGAAAGAAAGGACGACAAAUAGAAAUUAAACGUUGACAGUCAUCAUUAUAAAACAGACGUGGAAUCAACAUUUCUAAUAUUAUUACAAAACACCACAACGCAUAACUUAAUAAUGGAACCCUCUCUUGCGUCCAUAGCAGUUCCUCGAUGAGGUCACAACGUUGAAAUAAUGUUAAUAAGUAGGUAUUGAGGUGGCAGCUGCUGUAAUGAGAGAUAAUAAGCUCUGCGGACUAUUCAACGUCGUAUGUUGCACGUAGUCCAUACACGAAAGAAGCCAUAUCUAGAAGCUCAUUGCUUGUAGCGUCUGACCAUGAUCGACCACAAAGUCAUUUAAUCAGAUUCUAAUAUCGGAAUAGGAAAAACAACUUGGCAAGAGUGUAGAACUGAUAAACGGAAGAUAAACUCAGAACGUAUGUUAGGGUUACAUUUUCUACUCUACCGUCACUCUCAGUCAAGUAUAUAUGUAGACUUGACUUGGAUGUUGUGUGCGCGUCUCGUGGCCUCAAGGCUUUGUCCUCUCGAGUGGCCACGAAGCCGGUUUCGGUGACUAAGGACAAACAGGUCAAAACGGAGGUACCGAACAGAUACGCUGAGGCAAACGCCACCGAGAUUUUAACAAUAAAGUUUAUGUAACGAAAAGCAGCAUAUUGAGAAGCUGUGUCUCGUCGUUGCGGGCGCGGACACGGACACAAUUAAAAAACACUUCUCGGGAAAAGGGCUCGACGCGUCGCUUUCACGCAGUAUUACGUCAGGUAACUGAGAAGUGACUUCAUUACCAUCGUGUCAUUGUACUUGUUGACUGUAAUAAAAAAAAAAAAAAGUAAUAAUGAAACAGUUACAAAAUUCGAAAGUUCGACCAGUUCCUCUCUGGAGGAUAGACGACUUGUUUGAUUCAAGCAUUAGCGGUUGGCUUUUCUGGCCUUUUUACUGCCGGUCGUUUCGUUGUUUCGGUCGACGAGUGUUAAUGAUACUAAUCGUCAGUAGGUCUAAUUAGUGAAGAUGUGGAUGACGAUGAUAAUUUGUAGAGACGACGUGACAGAUGUAUUCUUCUAUUAUACCGUCAAACAGUAUUGUUUUUACGAGAAAACUAUACAGGCGUGUUUACAGCAUAAAUAGAAGAAUGAGUAAACAUGUAAAAUGUUUAUGGAACAUUAUGUGAAAGCGUCAACGAACAAGACCUAUUGUACUACUAGCUGAAAUUAAAUAUAUUGAAGCUCUAAUAAUAAGAGACUAUCGAACAGAUGCAAGUUAUUACGUAUGAUAGCUGCCAGAGACAACGGUGGUGUGAUGGUUAUGCUGAGCCGUAUGAAGCCGUUCAUACAAAACGACGUCCUUAGAUAGAUGCUUGAAAGCAGACGAAUUAAAUGAGAAAAGAAAGUAUAUAUUUGUCAAACAGAUGGUGGAUUGGACGAGCAAGCAAACCAAAUAGGAUAUGGCGAUUAACAGCGACAUCGAUGAUGACAAUAAUAGAAACAGUAUUCAUAAGAAGCAUAAUACGAAGUAUUCCCGAGUGAAUGUAUGAACAGCUGGUGAUGGUGGCAAAGUGCUGGAUAACAAGUGGACAAAACGCUCCACGAUAGCGAAAAAUAUAUAUUCUAAUAGAUUGCACGAAUAAACAACGGACCCAACACGCUUACAACAUGAUUGCUCCGCAACACAGUUAACAAAAGACGCAGCACACGACAAGAAGAAGGUCGACUAGGUGUCACGUCCAUGGGACAUGCGACUUCACGAAUUCCACGUCAACUCGCUUGACGCUUACUGUCUUCAGAUUGAAUGCAUGGGGACCAACUUUGUGUUGAUAUGAAUAGUCAUCUGUGAUCAAUUGCGAUCUCGUCCAAUAGAGGAAAAAGCUAUAGUUAAAAAAAAAAAAAAAA